AAAUAACGACCGAAAAGAAAUGAAAAAGGAAGAAUAUAGACAAAAAAAUAAAAUAACAAUGAAGAAACAUAGAGUACGUGGAUUUAAAAACCCGUAACAACGUACGGGCAUUAACCUAGUUAUAUAUACUAGUAAACGUAUAACAACUUUGUAUUAAAUAUGUAGCAACUUAGGUAUUAAACGUGCAACAACUUAUGUAUUAAGCGUGCAACAACUAAUUUUUAGUUUGGUUUUUAUGUGUUUUUUUUAGAAAAAAGUUUCAUAUUUCAUAUUUUAGUUUCUAGUCUCGUUUUUUUCAGUUAUUUUUAUUUUAGUCUCUGUCACUCUUUUACUUACAAAUGUCUUCCUAAAUCCAACGUAUUAGGUUCCUCACCUAUAAUGUAUAAGUUGUUGCAAAAUGGUAGUCAUUGCACCUAUAAGUUGUCAUAGAAGAAUUUAUCCCCAGUUUUUGUUUUCAAUCUAGUUUUUUUUAUAUUUUUUAGUUUGAGGUUUCAAUAUCUUUUUAAUGUCUUUUUAGUUUUUGUCCUUAGUCGCUCUUUUAGGUUCAAAUGUAUUCUUGAAUUUUACAUAUUAGUUGUAUAAUAAUUUAUCCUCUAAGUUAGCAUCUUAUGCAAUGUUUCUUGUAAUAUUUUGCUCACCAGGAUGCAACUUAUCUUAUUUUUAAGGUCGCUACUCUUGUCUUUUUAAUAAAUGUCUCUAAUUUUUAGUUAGUCAUGUUUCUCGGUCUAUAAAUUGGGUUUUAUAAUAACUUGCCUUUGCCCCUCUAGUUGGCAGCUUAUGCAACGCUAGAUGCUGUAAAUUAGACUCGAUCUAUAGAAAAUGUGUGGAACAUUUAUAUCUCCAAAAAAAAUUAUUAAAAAAUUAGAUUUAAAGAUCUUUCAAAUGAUACUAAUUAUGUAACAUAAAUAUUAAUAUUUUUAAUAUAUAUUUAGUUAAAAUUGUUUCUAGGGAAGCGAAAAUGACAAAUAUUUAGGGACAGAGGGAGUACCAUGUAACAACUUUUGUAUAUUUUUAGAGCAGCAACUAUAGUAGUACAUGACAUAAAUUACUACUAGAAAAAAUAUUUAACAUAUAUGCAAGUGGAAUUUUGUUGUUUGUCUUACCGCAUAGACACACUGAUACAGGCAGAAUUAAAAAUAAAUACACUAUUUGAGAGUUGUAGCAAUUUAAAAUAAAUAUUUUAAUUUUGUUGACCUACGACAGCAUGACAAUCAGCAACGAAAGAGAUAUUUUCAUGUUGCACCUUGGAUCGCUGGUUGAAAAUGGAAAGUGGCGAGGACAGUAGCUUUGCCCGUACACAUGCCACGGGAGAGAGCCGGUCGCGGUAGGAGCAGGUCGCGCGCUUGCCCUACAGCGCGAUGGGUCGCGCGUUAUCUGCGUCCAAAUAAUAUAACGUGUGGUUCCGCUCCUUGGCGAAGACUCAGAACUCUUCCAAGGAAAAGUUGCACCAAGUCGUCGACCAAAGAACGGACGCCAGAAUUAAGAUCCUUCCACGUUGAACGCCCUUUUCAACGUCCGCGGUCUUCCCCAUGACCCAACCAAGAUCAAGAUUCAAGACGGGGAUUGCACAGUGAGAAAGUGAUGACCACAUCAACGCAGCAUAACACUACGACUACUCCUUCCUACUAGUAAUCGCCAUGACCAAUGACCCGUUCUGCUUUCUUACCGCAUACAGUGAGUCGUUCCCCCUGCUGGCCGUGUACGUACCACGUUGUUUCCUGCUAUAUACUCCGCCCUGCCAUGGCCGGCAGCAUGAAGCACAAAUCGUUGCAUUGGAGCUAGUAUACAUAAGUUAACCUCCGAGAGGCUCCGACGACACAGAUAGAUUCAUAGAUAGAUACGUACCAAGCCUAUAGGUGCACAAUCACAGAAAACAACACCACCACCCAUCAUAUCGUUGAUGCAGGUCGUCCUUACGGCACACCCAGCAGCAGCUCCUCCACUCGCGCUGUUUGCUGGCGUUCUUGACCACCGGUACAGCUAGCACAAAAGGAGCUGAGACGACCGACCAUGGACGACGUGCUGCGGCAGAUCGACGAGGGGUUCCGCCUCGCCAGGGAUCUGAUGGAGGAGCUCCCCGCGGCCCAGAACGAGCGGACCUACCUCGCCGACCGCUGUCACGGCAUUGUCCAAGCCUACGUCGCGGCCAUCCGCAUGCUUCACCCGCACGGCGGCACGGAAGACACGGCAUCGUCCCCACCGCCGCUUCGGCCGCCUCAUCCUCCUUCUCCUCACUUCGGCGGCGAUGGUAGUGGAAGCGGCCAGCACGACCACGAGAUCCCUCAGCUGGACCUCCUCCGCCCGUUCCUCGGCGGUGCACCUUCUCCUUCGGCGCCGUCGUCGUUCCCGCACAACCUCGGCCGCCUGCUGGCAGAGUCAUCGUUCAUCAACACCACGCCCGUGGUUGACGCGUUCGGCGCUGGCACAUCGUCAGGCGGCCCGGUGAGACGGCAGGCUUCGUCGUCACGGUCGUCACCGCCGGUCCAGCUGCGGCAGCAGCACAGACGAAGGAGAGAGAAUGGUGAGAGGAUGACAAUUAUGGUUCCGGUCCAGCGGACGGGCAACACAGAUCUGCCACCGGACGACGGCUACACGUGGCGCAAGUACGGACAGAAGGAUAUACUGGGAUCAAGAUUUCCAAGGAGCUACUACAGGUGCACUCACAAGAACUACUACGGGUGCGAGGCGAAGAAGAAGGUGCAGCGCCUAGACGAUGACCCGUUCACGUACGAGGUCACAUACUGUGGCAACCACACCUGCCUCACCUCGACGACUCCGCUCCUCACAAUCCCAGCAGGCCCCGCUACCGUGGCCUCAACAGCUGCCAACAUGCUAAACAACUCCCCGACUGAUUCAGCAACAGCCCUCGCCGCCGGUCAUCAGGACCUCUUCAUGCCGGCCGCUGAGCAUCCUGCACAGGCGCUGUCCACGGCCAUCCAGCUCGGCAUCAGCUGGAUGCCAUCAACCCUCGUUGGCUCCAGUGCCCCCGAGGGAAGCAGCUCUCAGGUGAACGUGCCCGCCUCAGGAAGGGACACCGCCGAAUACCCGGUUAUGGACCUCGCCGAUGCCAUGUUCAACUCUGGCAGCCGCGGAGGGAGCAGCAUGGACGCCAUCUUCCUUGCUCGUCAUGAUCGACGUGAUACCUAGAUCCAUCUGAUGCAUCCGAUGAUCAGUUUCCGGUGGGGAUCGAUCCUUGAUUCGAGUUUUGAUCAUCACAUGACCGUAACUUCGUACAACAACCAUGUAGGUGUAGGCAUGGAAUAUAUAGGUUCAAGUUUGUUCUUUGAUCUUAAUUUAGCCACUUAAAUCGCUACAUAGAUUUGUUUGCGGCAAGGCCGUGCUAAUAAAGGUGCUCACAGUUAAUAGGUAUUGAAAGAAUAAGUGUACAGGACAUGUGUCCGCCCCUCUUGUACAUAUAAAAAUCAACGACGAUAUUUGUAAUUGUAUAACUCUUAGGUUCA